CACUUUGCUGUUGCUGAGUACAGCUUGUGGAUUACUAUGUAGACUGUACCACACAGAAGACUUGACUGUCUUCUAGCAUGGGGACCCUCUGGCACUUACAAUGCAUUUUAAUUUUAUUCUGUAUUUCAGUGCUGACUACCACAGGGAUCAAACACAGACCAACUGGUGGCUUGAGAGCAUGGGAUCCUGAAACAGCUUACCUCACUAGAUGUGAUUUUAACAACAACUCAAGACCAUUUUGUGACUGGACCCAACCUUGCACUGUGAACCAGGGAGUGUGGAUACGAACCAAGCAUGAGACUCCAACGGAUGGAACAGGUCCUGAUGGAGACUAUCCUGAUGGAAAAGGCUAUUUCAUCUACCAAGAAGCAAGUAAUCUGAUCCCAUUCGACACUAACAGGCUUGAGAGCCCAGAUAUCGUGGUUUCUGAAAAAAUAUGCAUAGACUUCUGGUACUAUAUGUUUGGGUCAGAAGACAGGAAUGAACUGAGAGUGCUUAUCCAAGACAGCAUAGGGGAGUUUACGGCAUGGAGUCGGAAGGGAAACCAAAGUUCCUCUUGGAUUUAUGGUGCUGUCACACAUACUUUUCCAACACAGAGAAAGAUAAAGGUCAUUUUUGAGGCUGUCCGAGGACUGACAGAAUAUGCAGAUACAGCACUGGACAAUGUGAGAGUAAGAGAUGGACCCUGUGAUGCAGUCAGCACCCCCGUACCACCAACACCUACACCAACAGCAUCUAUGCCACCUGCUGUGACAGAAGCAACUUGCACUAUACAUGGAGAUCCUCAUUAUUUAACUUUUGAUAAGCAGCGUCAUGACUUCAUGGGCACUUGCACCUACACGCUCUCCAAGCUGUGUGAGAACAACAGCUCACUGCCCUACUUCAACGUGGAAGCUGCCAAUGAACACAGGAGAAGCAACACUCGUGUGUCCUAUGUCCAAUCUGUGGACAUUGAUGUUUAUGGCUACAGGAUCAAUCUGGGUCAAAACAGAGUUGUUAAGGUUGAUGGAGUCAGCCAGGUACUCCCUCUGACCUUGGGCAAUAGUGUCAGCAUUUCCCUCAGUGGUCAAUAUGUUGUGGUUACUACUGACUUUGGGCUGAAGGUCAAGUUUGAUGGAAAUCAUAGAGCAGAAAUCACCCUUCCCAGUACCUAUAUAUCAAAAGUCUGUGGGAUAUGUGGAAAUUAUAAUGGGGACAAAAAAGAUGACUUUCUUAACCCAGAUGGAGGGAUGGAAACAGACUCGGCCAGCCUUGGAAACAGUUGGCAAGUUUACAAUGACUCAAGGUGCUUGCCAGAUGAUGGCCAUACCCCAAAUUGCACUGCUGAUGAAAAACAUACCAUCCAAAGCAAUGAAUACUGUGGUCUGAUCACUGAUCCCAGUGGUCCAUUCCAGAACUGUCACUCAGCAGUUGAUCCACAGAGCUAUUUUGAAGACUGCCAGUAUGAUCUCUGUGAGCUUCAUUUGAGCAGUGAAGCCCUCUGUCAAAACCUGCAGGCUUAUGCAGAUAUGUGCCAAGCUGCAGGAGUCCAGCUGACACCAUGGAGAAAUGCAACUUUCUGCCCACUAGCUUGUCCAGCCAACAGCCACUACGAGCCCUGUGCUGCAGCUUGCCCUGCUACAUGUGUUGACCCAAUGGCACCGUACAACUGCAGCUUGCCGUGCGUGGAGGGAUGUGUAUGCGACAGCGGGUACCUGCUCUACAACAAGCAAUGUGUGCCCAGCCAGCAGUGCGGGUGCUGGCACAACGGGCAGCAUUAUCCGGUGGGCUCAGAGUUCUGGACGGACAACACCUGCUCGUCCAAGUGCACGUGUCCCGCACGAGGAGGCAAAGUCCAGUGCUCCAGUGCAUCGUGCCCUGCCGGCCAGUUCUGUGGAGUGCAGAAUGGGAAACCCGAGUGCCUGGAUCACUCCUACGGCAUCUGCCACGUCCACGGGGACCCUCACUACAACACCUUUGACCAAGUGAGGCACAACUUCAUGGGGAACUGCACGUACACGCUGGCCAAAGUGUGCUCCAACACCUCCGUGCCCUACUUCAACGUUGAGGCAAAGAACGAGCAUCGUGGCAACCCCCGGGUGUCCUACGUGCGUGAAGUCAUGGUGAUGGUGUACGGAGAGCGCAUUACCAUUCUCAAGCAGGAGAGGAGCCGAGUGCUGGUGAACGGUGUGUUCCGGACCUUGCCGGUGAGCGCAGCAGAAGGAGCCAUCACCGUGAGCAGUAGCGGCCGCUACGUCGUCCUGCAGACGGACUUCAGCCUCCAAGUGUCCUACGACGCUGACCACUCGGUGGAGGUGAAGGUGCCCACCAGCUACUUCAACCUGACCUGUGGCAUGUGCGGGAACUUCAACAACUGGAGAGAGGACGAUUACAUGAUGCCCAACGGGCAGCAAGCUGCAGACUCCAAUGCGCUGGGGGAGAGCUGGCAGGUCCCAAGCGAUGACAGUGACCCCAGCUGCGGCGUGCCACCACCAACGGAGCCCUGCCCUGCGGAUGAGGAGAAGCUCUAUGAGUCCGAGCAGUUCUGUGGCAUGCUGACAGCCAGACCAGGCUUUUUUGAGAGUUGCCACGCCGUGAUCAACCCGCAGAGCUACUUUGAGGCCUGCUCCUACGACCUCUGUGCCAUGGGUGGUGUGCAGGAGGUGCUGUGUGGUGCACUGGAAGCCUACGCUGACGCAUGCCAGGCAGCUGGUGUGACUCUGCUCCCCUGGAGGAAUGCCACCUUCUGCCCUGUUGCAUGUCCUGCUAAUAGUCAUUACAAUCCAUGCACUAAUGCAUGUCCUGCAACCUGCACUGACCCUCUUGCAUCAAACAACUGCAGCAAACCUUGUGUAGAAGGAUGUGAAUGCAACGAUGGUUUUGUCAUCAGUGGUGCACAAUGUGUAUCCAUGAGCAACUGUGGCUGCUUACAGAAUGACAAGUACUAUGAGAAAGGGGAAGCUUUUUGGCAAACAAACUGUGCAGGACAAUGUAUAUGUGCUGGAAAUGGGACUGUGCUUUGCAAUUCAGACACAUGCGAAGCAAGUGAAGUUUGCAAGGUGCAGAAUGGACUCCUGGGAUGUUAUCCAUUAAAUCCCAGCACCUGCCACAUUUUUGGGGAUCCACAUUAUGUAACUUUUGAUGGGAGACUGUACCAUUUCCAAGGAGACUGCAAUUAUACAGUUGUUGAAACUUGCACAAAUUCUUCUGAACAGUUUUCAGUGACAACCAGAAAUAAGCAUAGAGGAAACCCAAACUGGACAGCCUUGGAUUCAGUUGCUGUCACACUGAAAAAUCUUCAUAUUGUUGUGAGGAGAGACAAAGAGACCUUUGUGAACGGAGUUCAGGUUUUCCCUCCUGUGGAUUUGAAGCAUGGAGCCAGACUAGCUGUAAAAGGACAUUAUGUAGUCAUUGAUACCUCUGUAGGGAUCCAGGUGAAGUUUGAUGGCGACCAGGACCUUUUUAUUCAGGUUGAUGAAAGUCUCAGAGGACAGUUAUGUGGUUUGUGUGGGACAUUCAAUGACAACCAGCUGGAUGAUUUUCUAAAACCGGAUAAAGUCCUAGAACAGGAUCCAAAUAAAUUUGGUGACAGCUGGCUAGUAAAGGAUGAUGACUGGGUAUGUAAUCCAGUUGCAGUUGUACCACCCACCUGUGACACAGGAAAAGAGAAAGAAUAUGAAGAAGUCUGUAAAAUUAUUCUGAAAAAUAGUGGGCCUUUUGAGAUAUGCCAUUGGUACAUUCCACCACAGCUGUACUUUGAGAGCUGUGUCUACGACCUGUGUGCCACAGAGGGGAGUUCUGAACAAUUUUGCAAAAUUUUAGAGGCAUAUGCUGCUGCCUGUGAGCUUGAAGGUGUAAAUCUGGGAGAAUGGAGGAAAGAUACCAUCUGCGCUGCACAAACAGUCUGCAACAUGUCCUGCACAUUUGAUGCUGACUUCUGUGAGUGGGAACAGGCAAUCAAUGACAACUUUGACUGGAUAAGGAACAAGGGGCCAACACAGUCACCAAAUACAGGCCCUCCUCAUGACCACACAACAGGAGACGGAUAUUAUAUCUAUCUGCAAGGAAGUGAGCACAACCCAGGUGAGAUAGCCAGCUUGGUCAGUCCAGUGUGCAGUUCAACAGGACCACACUGCUUCCGCUUCUGGUAUCACAUGUACGGAGUGGCUGAAACCAUGGCCCUGCGGGUGUAUGAACUACACAAUGAGACGUCAACACUGGUAUGGAAAGAAACUGGAAGCAAAGGAGACAGAUGGAUCUUGGGAGAGGUCACAGUGCAUAGUACAGGAAACUUGCAGAUUCUCCUUGAGGGCAUGAUAGGUGAAGAUUUCCGCAGCGACGUAGCACUGGAUGAUCUGUCCAUUGAACAGGGAUACUGUCCAGGCGAUGUGACCCCAACUCCACGCCCUGGCACCACCACACCUGGGACAGGAACCUCCACACCAACACCACAGCCAGGCUCAGGAACUUGUGUGGUGGAGGGAGACCCUCACUACCACACGUUUGACAAUCAAAUCCACCACUUCAUGGGCAACUGCACCUACACCCUCUCCAAGCUGUGCGAGAGCAACAGCUCGCUGCCCUACUUCAACGUGGAGGCGGCCAACGAGCACAGAGGAGGCAACACUCGCGUGUCCUACGUCCAGUACGUGGACGUUGAUGUGUACGGCCAGCACAUAAGGCUUGGGAAGGAUGGUGUGGUGACGGUCAACGGAGAGCCAGAGGUGCUGCCCUGCACCCCAUCUGUGGGCGUGCAGGUCUCGUCCAGCGGGUUCUACACCAUGGUCACAACAGACUUUGGCUUGAGUGUGAAGUUUGAUGGGAACCAUCGGGUGGAGGUGACGCUUCCAAGCACCUUUGGGGAGAAGGUUUGUGGCAUGUGUGGCAACUACAACGGGAUGGCAGCAGACGACUUCCUGAACCCGGACGGAGUGCUGGAGCCAGACUCCACCAGCCUGGGUAACAGCUGGCAGGUGUCCAACGACAGCAGCUGCUCAGCCGGAACACAGUCCCCGCCGGCAUGCACUGAGACAGACAAGCAAGUCAUUGCCAGCAGCAACUUCUGCGGGCUCCUCACAGACACCAGCAGCCCGUUUGAGGUGUGCCACGCUGUGCUGAGUCCCAGCGGUUACUUCGACACGUGCCUUUAUGACCUGUGUGAGCUGGGGCUUGAUCGCGAGGCGCUGUGCAACAGCUUGCAGUCCUAUGCAGAUGCCUGCCAGGCGCUUGGUGUCCAGAUCCCCGUGUGGAGGAACGCAACAUUCUGCCCCAUCACGUGUCCAGCCAACAGCCACUACGAGCCCUGUGCUGCAGCUUGCCCUGCUACAUGUGUUAACCCAAUGGCACCUGUUACGUGCACCUUGCCGUGCGUGGAGGGAUGUGUAUGCGACAGCGGGUACCUGCUCUACAACAAGCAAUGUGUGCCCAGCCAGCAGUGCGGGUGCUGGCACAACGGGCAGCAUUAUCCGGUGGGCUCAGAGUUCUGGACGGACAACACCUGCUCGUCCAAGUGCACGUGUCCCGCACGAGGAGGCAAAGUCCAGUGCUCCAGUGCAUCGUGCCCUGCCGGCCAGUUCUGUGGAGUGCAGAAUGGGAAACCCGAGUGCCUGGAUCACUCCUACGGCAUCUGCCACGUCCACGGGGACCCUCACUACAACACCUUUGACCAAGUGAGGCACAACUUCAUGGGGAACUGCACGUACACGCUGGCCAAAGUGUGCUCCAACACCUCCGUGCCCUACUUCAACGUUGAGGCAAAGAACGAGCAUCGUGGCAACCCCCGGGUGUCCUACGUGCGUGAAGUCAUGGUCGAUGUGUACGGAGAGCGCAUUACCAUUCUCAAGCAGGAGAGGAGCCGAGUGCUGGUGAACGGUGUGUUCCGGACCUUGCCGGUGAGCGCAGCAGGAGGAGCCAUCACCGUGAGCAGUAGCGGCCGCUACGUCGUCCUGCAGACGGACUUCAGCCUCCAAGUGUCCUACGACGCUGACCACUCGGUGGAGGUGAAGGUGCCCACCAGCUACUUCAACCUGACCUGUGGCAUGUGCGGGAACUUCAACAACUGGAGAGAGGACGAUUACAUGAUGCCCAACGGGCAGCAAGCUGCAGACUCCAAUGCGCUGGGGGAGAGCUGGCAGGUGCCAAGCGAUGACAGUGACCCCAGCUGCGGCGUGCCACCACCAACGGAGCCCUGCCCUGCGGAUGAGGAGAAGCUCUAUGAGUCCGAGCAGUUCUGUGGCAUGCUGACAGCCAGACCAGUUUUUGAGAGUUGCCACGCCGUGAUCAACCCGCAGAGCUACUUUGAGGCCUGCUCCUACGACCUCUGUGCCAUGGGUGGUGUGCAGGAGGUGCUGUGUGGUGCACUGGAAGCCUACGCUGACGCAUGCCAGGCAGCUGGUGUGACUCUGCUCCCCUGGAGGAAUGCCACCUUCUGCCCCCUGCCAUGCUCUGCCAACAGCUACUAUGACCCUUGCAUGACUGGCUGUCCUGCCACCUGCGUUGACCGACAAGCCCCGCAGAACUGUUCCAAGCCCUGCAUGGAGGGCUGUGCGUGUGCCUCUGGCUUCCUCCUCAGCGGUGACACCUGUGUGCCUGAGGCCCGCUGUGGCUGCCUCUUUGAGGACAAUUACUACAGCGAAGGCGAGUCCUUUGUGAACGAGAACUGCUCUCGCCAGUGCCGUUGUGAAGCCAGCGGCCAGAUGGUUUGCUCUGCGUUGUCCUGUGGUGAGGAGGAGGUCUGCAAGAUCCAGAACGGCCAGCGGGGCUGUUUCCCAGCCAGCACGGCUCUGUGCCACAUCUAUGGCGACCCGCAUUACAACACCUUCGAUGGGAAGCUUCACCACUUCCAGGGCUCCUGCAACUACACAGCGGUGACGGCCUGUGACAACUCCUCCCUUGGCUUCAGCAUCACCAUUCGCAACGAACAUCGGGGCAACCCGAGCUGGACGGCUCUGAACUCUGUGGCACUGUCCAUGGAAGGCCUCCACAUUGCACUGCGCAAGAAGAAGGACGUCUAUAUCAAUGGUGUUCUGGCCACCCUGCCUGCUUCUCCAACACCCAGCGUGAACGUUUCCCUGAGUGGCUCCUACGUGCAAGUCUCUACCAAGCUGGGCCUGCAGCUGCAGUUCAACGGGGACCAGGACCUCCUGGUGAGGGUGUCGGAGAAGCACAAGGGCAAGCUGUGUGGGCUGUGCGGGACAUACACGGGCAGCAAGGAAGAUGACUUCAGGCGACCUGAUGGGGUCGUUGUGCCUGACUUCAACAACUUUGGAGCCAGCUGGAUCGUGCAGGAUGAUGAGUGGAACUGUGACACGACCAUCGUCCCGCCUGUGUCCUGCUCCCCGUCAGAGGAGGAGGCAGCUCACAAGAAGUGUGAAAUGCUCACACAAGCCGGUGGCCCGUUUGAGCCAUGCCACGCAGUUCUGCCACCCCAGGAGUACUUUGAGAGCUGCGUCUAUGACCAGUGUGGCACAGGUGGCAGCACGGAUCAGCUGUGCAGUGACCUGAGUUCCUACGCUGAAGCCUGUGCUGCGGCAGGGGUUGUUCUGGGAGACUGGAGCGCUGGCACGGUCUGCGGUGAGGCAUCGAGCUGGCAGGUGCCAAGCGAUGACAGUGACCCCAGCUGCGGCGUGCCACCACCAACGGAGCCCUGCCCUGCGGAUGAGGAGAAGCUCUAUGAGUCCGAGCAGUUCUGUGGCAUGCUGACAGCCAGACCAGGCUUUUUUGAGAGUUGCCACGCCGUGAUCAACCCGCAGAGCUACUUUGAGGCCUGCUCCUACGACCUCUGUGCCAUGGGUGGUGUGCAGGAGGUGCUGUGUGGUGCACUGGAAGCCUACGCUGACGCAUGCCAGGCAGCUGGUGUGACUCUGCUCCCCUGGAGGAAUGCCACCUUCUGCCCCCUGCCAUGCUCUGCCAACAGCUACUAUGACCCUUGCAUGACUGGCUGUCCUGCCACCUGCGUUGACCGACAAGCCCCGCAGAACUGUUCCAAGCCCUGCAUGGAGGGCUGUGCGUGUGCCUCUGGCUUCCUCCUCAGCGGUGACACCUGUGUGCCUGAGGCCCGCUGUGGCUGCCUCUUUGAGGACAAUUACUACAGCGAAGGCGAGUCCUUUGUGAACGAGAACUGCUCUCGCCAGUGCCGUUGUGAAGCCAGCGGCCAGAUGGUUUGCUCUGCGUUGUCCUGUGGUGAGGAGGAGGUCUGCAAGAUCCAGAACGGCCAGCGGGGCUGUUUCCCAGCCAGCACGGCUCUGUGCCACAUCUAUGGCGACCCGCAUUACAACACCUUCGAUGGGAAGCUUCACCACUUCCAGGGCUCCUGCAACUACACAGCGGUGACGGCCUGUGACAACUCCUCCCUUGGCUUCAGCAUCACCAUUCGCAACGAACAUCGGGGCAACCCGAGCUGGACGGCUCUGAACUCUGUGGCACUGUCCAUGGAAGGCCUCCACAUUGCACUGCGCAAGAAGAAGGACGUCUAUAUCAAUGGUGUUCUGGCCACCCUGCCUGCUUCUCCAACACCCAGCGUGAACGUUUCCCUGAGUGGCUCCUACGUGCAAGUCUCUACCAAGCUGGGCCUGCAGCUGCAGUUCAACGGGGACCAGGACCUCCUGGUGAGGGUGUCGGAGAAGCACAAGGGCAAGCUGUGUGGGCUGUGCGGGACAUACACGGGCAGCAAGGAAGAUGACUUCAGGCGACCUGAUGGGGUCGUUGUGCCUGACUUCAACAACUUUGGAGCCAGCUGGAUCGUGCAGGAUGAUGAGUGGAACUGUGACACGACCAUCGUCCCGCCUGUGUCCUGCUCCCCGUCAGAGGAGGAGGCAGCUCACAAGAAGUGUGAAAUGCUCACACAAGCCGGUGGCCCGUUUGAGCCAUGCCACGCAGUUCUGCCACCCCAGGAGUACUUUGAGAGCUGCGUCUAUGACCAGUGUGGCACAGGUGGCAGCACGGAUCAGCUGUGCAGUGACCUGAGUUCCUACGCUGAAGCCUGUGCUGCGGCAGGGGUUGUUCUGGGAGACUGGAGCGCUGGCACGGUCUGCGCUUCCCCAGCAGCCUGCAAUUUCUCCUGCACGUUUGAUGUUGACUUCUGCGAGUGGGUCCAGGAGCCGUCCAGCAGCAUUGACUGGAUAAGGCACAAGGGACCAACGCCUUCUCCAGAUACCGGCCCUUCCUUUGACCACACGACUGGAGAUGGCUACUACAUCUACCUGCAUGGCGACGAUCCCUACCCCGGCUUUGUGUCACAGCUGGUCAGCCCGGUGUGCAAUUCAACGGGACCACACUGCUUCCGCUUCUGGUAUCACAUGUAUGGAGUGGCUGAAACCAUGGCCCUGCGGGUGUAUGUGGCUCAGGACGGGGAGCUACUGGAGGUCUGGAAAAGCGUUGGGAACCACGGGGACAGAUGGAUCUUGGGAGAGGUCACAGUGCAUAGUACAGGAACUUCCCCAGCAGCCUGCAAUUUCUCCUGCACGUUUGAUGUUGACUUCUGCGAGUGGGUCCAGGAGCCGUCCAGCAGCAUUGACUGGAUAAGGCACAAGGGACCAACGCCUUCUCCAGAUACCGGCCCUUCCUUUGACCACACGACUGGAGAUGGCUACUACAUCUACCUGCAUGGCGACGAUCCCUACCCCGGCUUUGUGUCACAGCUGGUCAGCCCGGUGUGCAAUUCAACGGGACCACACUGCUUCCGCUUCUGGUAUCACAUGUAUGGAGUGGCUGAAACCAUGGCCCUGCGGGUGUAUGUGGCUCAGGACGGGGAGCUACUGGAGGAGCUCGUCGGCCCUCCGCGGGACCGCGACGGGUGA